UUCUCAACCAUGUGAAAAAUACCGGCCGAAGCAAGUGAAGGACGUAACCCACCAGGAAGAGGUUAUUCGCAUUCUUGCCAACACCCUCGAGACCGCCAACUGUCCUCAUAUGCUCUUCUAUGGACCUCCUGGGACGGGUAAAACCACAACGGCUCUAGCCAUUGCACACCAGCUAUUUGGACCUGAACUGUACAAAUCACGAGUUCUUGAACUGAAUGCAAGUGAUGAUCAUGGGAUCAAUGUUGUGCGGACAAAAAUAAAGGAUUUUGCUGCUGUUGCCAUUGGUUCUGGUAAUCGCCAAGGUGGCUAUGUUUGUCCACCUUAUAAAAUCAUUAUCUUAGAUGAAGCAGAUUCAAUGACUGAAGAUGCUCAGAAUGCUUUGAGACGUACUAUGGAGACUUAUUCAAAAGUCACAAGGUUUUUCUUCAUUUGUAAUUACAUUAGCAGGAUAAUCGAACCACUAGCUUCAAGAUGUGCAAAAUUCAGAUUCAAACCUUUAACCGAAGAUGUCAUGAGUAGUCGUAUCAUGCACAUAUGUAAUGAGGAAGGCCUCAGUCUAGAUUAUGAGGCUCUUACAACUUUAAGCUCCAUUUGUGAAGGAGAUCUUCAUCGUGCCAUAACAUAUUUGCAGAGUGCUGCUCGCUUGUAUGGGUUUUCAAUUUCAUCCAAGGAAUUAAUCAGCAUUUCUGGGCUGAUACCUCAGGGUACUGUUCAGGCCCUAUUUGCAGCUUGUAAGAUUGGGGAGUUCGACACAGCAAACAAGGAAGUUAGUAAUGUGAUUUCAGAGGGAUGUCCAGUAUCACAAAUGUUAUCUCGGUUGUUUGAACUGAUUUUUAGCUCAGAUGACAUAUCUAAUGUACAGAAGGCACGAAUAUGCAAAAGGCUGGCUAAAGCAGAUAAGUUUCUAGUUGAUGGGGCUGAUGAGUACCUGCAGCUGAUGGAUGUAGCCAGUCAUUUAAUGCGUACCCUUUUUGACAUGCCCCAGGAGAUACAGUUUGAUUAGAUGUUGGAGAAGGUUGGCAGUCAACUUUUUUUCUUUUG